AGAUCGUGUCUGACGCCUGUGGCGGAAUCUGUGAUGAAAAUGCAAACUGUAAUCCCAAGGAGGCAGAGGGCCCUACAUGCCAAUGUGUUGCAGGCUUCACAGGCAACGGAACCGUCUGCACAGAGUUGAACCUGUGUGCCACUGGGAACGGAGGCUGCGCUCAGAUUGCCAACUGCACCAAGACGUUACCUGGGGAGAGGACCUGCACCUGUCCAGAAGGAUACACUGGAGACGGGGUGUGGUGUCUAGAGAUAGACGGUUGUUUGGUUAACAACGGUGGAUGUCCCAGUACCGCAGAGUGCAUCAAAACAGGACCAAACCGGGUUGCCUGUAACUGUUUAUCUGGCUACUCUGGGAAUGGACAUUUCUGCUUCCCGUUCAACCCCUGUCGGACUGACAACGGGGGCUGUGGAAAGUACGCCAGGUGUCGUUAUAUGGGCAACGGAGUGAGGAACUGCUCCUGCUUUGGAGAACACGUAGGAGAUGGCUUCGACUGCCACGGCAAGACCCGCACGGAGAUAUUUCGCCAGUCAGAAGCUGCGUGUACCGUCGGAUGAUAAUGGUGUCUGAUGUAGGAGUCUGUUCGGUGAUGGGCCCUUCACUGCAUUCAUACCUCCUGCAAAGAGCAACUUCUCAGUA